UUUUUGCUUCUUUACCUCAGUGGCUCAUUGUGCAGCUCAUCUCUGCUCUGCUUUGGUUCGAAUUCUUACUCUCUGCACUGGGCCUUGUCCUCACGUCUGGACUAGUGUUUGUCUUGAUUAUCCGUCACCCCACUAGUUAACUCCAAGGCCUUAGGGGAGCUUUUUGACACUGUUUGCUGGUUUUUUCCUUGACGGCACCAUGGGUAGCUGCCUGCGUUGGCUGUGGUACCACCGGAACGUCUUCCUCACCCUCUUCAUUCCAAUCGCAUUCCUUCCUCUGCCAAUCGUCAUUCCUACAUCGGUGGCGAAAUGUGGCUACGCGAUCAUCCUCAUGGCUCUGUACUGGUGCACGGAGUGCAUGCCCCUGGCUGUCACGGCGCUGCUGCCGGUCGUCCUCUUCCCUAUGAUGGGCAUCAUGAAGGCUGGAGAAGUCAGCGUUGAGUAUCUGAAGGACUCGAACAUGCUGUUCAUCGGCGGCCUGUUGGUGGCCAUCGCAGUGGAGAACUGGAAUCUGCACAAGCGCAUCGCUCUCUGGGUUUUGCUGCUGGUCGGCGUUCGUCCGUCACUGCUGAUGAUGGGCUUCAUGAUCGUCUCGUCCUUCCUGUCCAUGUGGAUCAGCAACACGGCCACCACGGCCAUGAUGCUGCCCAUCGCCCACGCCGUGCUCCAGCAGCUUAAGACCACUGAGGUCCAGGCGGAUGAACGAGAUUUCCUGACUUCGGCGGAGGACAACCAUGCGUUUGAACUCGACGUCAGACAAAACAAGGAGGAAACAAUAGAUGAGAAAAAAAUGGAAAUAGAUGAGAAAAAGCAGGAAAUAGAUGAGAAAAAGCAGGAAACAAAAAAUCUGGCAGAUUUGCAGCAGGAGUCCAGGAGAAAGCAGACGGAGGCGAAGUAUAACCACCUGACCAAAGGGAUGAGUUUGAGUGUGUGCUACUCCGCCAGCAUUGGAGGCACGGCCACGCUCACCGGCACCACUCCUAACCUCAUCCUCAAAGGUCAAAUUGACGAGCUCUUCCCUGCUAACGGCGGCGUGAUCAACUUUGCCAGCUGGUUCGGCUUUGCUUUCCCCAACAUGGUCAUCAUGCUGAUAUUGUCCUUUCUCUGGCUUCACUUCAUGUUCAUGGGCUUCAACCUGAAGCAGUCGUUUGGCUGCGGCAUGAAAAGCGACAGAGACAAGGAGGCGUACGCGGUGAUGAGGGAGGAGUACAGAAAACUGGGACGCAUGAAGUUUGCCGAGGGGGCGGUGCUCACCAUCUUCAUCCUGCUCGUGAUUUUGUGGUUUACCCGGGAGCCGGGCUUCAUUGACGGCUGGGCAACAGUGCUCUUCAAUCAGGAGUUUGUGACAGAUGGGACUGUUGCCAUAUUGGUCUCAAUGCUCUUCUUCGUCAUCCCUUCUCAGUUGCCCAGGAGGGGCGGCUAUGGUUACAAUGAAGACGGUAAGUUGGUGAAGGCUCCCCCGACUCUGCUGACCUGGCAGGUGGUCCACGAGCGAAUGCCCUGGAACAUUAUCCUGCUGCUGGGAGGAGGCUUCGCUUUGGCUGCAGGCAGCGAGACGUCAGGUCUGUCAAAGUGGUUGGGAGAAAGCUUGGCACCUCUGCAGAAAAUCCCCCCCUUUGCCAUCUCGCUGCUGCUCUCCCUGCUUGUGGCGACAUUCACCGAGUGCUCCAGCAACACCGCCACCACCACCUUGUUCCUGCCCAUACUGGCCUCAAUGGCGACAGCCAUUAGGUUACAUCCACUUUAUGUGAUGCUGCCCUGCACCAUCGCCGCCUCUCUGGCCUUCAUGCUGCCUGUGGCCACGCCGCCCAACGCCAUCGCCUUCUCGUUUGGAAACCUCCGAGUCAUAGACAUGGUAAGAGCCGGCUUCAUGCUGAAUAUUAUUGGGAUCCUGACCAUUAAUUUAGGCAUCAACACCUGGGGGUAUGCCAUGUUUGACUUGGGCACUUUCCCUCUGUGGGUCAACACCUCAAACAGCAGUCCUUGAAUCAACAUUAAAGCCUUCGGAAACAGGCUCUAAUGUAGUUAAAAUCGGAUUGGUUGCGAGAUGAGGCCUCGACGCUGCAAACCUGUGAAAAAAGCUCAGAAAAGAAGAGUAAAGAAGCCACCGGAAAAACCUUUCAAACGAAGUAGUCUAAACUGAAAAUAGUUUGUUUUUGAAUAAUGGCUUGAAAGGAAAAAAAGAGAAAGUCACAUUGCAUUUUCACAUUACUGAAAGAAGUAAUUAAAAGAAAGGUGGGGUAAAAAAAAACAAAACAGAAAUGAUUCUGAUCCAAAACGCAAUUUAACGCCUGCGAACUCUGAAUUAGUCUUUUACACAUUGGGCAUAAAAUUUGGUGACAAACAGUGUUGGAUGGUUUAUAAGUAGAAGUAAACCUUAAACACUGUUAGACUAUUAACCCCAGGAAAAAACAGGUUUUCCCCUGUGUUAGCAUUCAGGACUUCCUUGUGCCAUUCCAGAGAACAAAAGAGAAAUUAUGUAUUAAAAUGUAAACAAGGUCAUUUCCUCAUACACAUUUUCCUCAUGAAGGUGUGCAGUGUUGGAGUGAUGUCACAAAAACAAUGAGAUAAUUAUGCUGUUUCUAGAUUAAUUUAACUUAUUAUUAAGCUGGUCCUUUUUUUCGACAUUGUUUUUUUCCUUUGUUGUGCAUAUUUUAUGUUUUAUCACUGUUUUUUGUCACUCUAUAGCAUAUAUCUGAUUUUAUCAUUUGUGAAUAUCAAAGUUUCAGACUUUAGGUGAUUAUUUGUAUACGAAAUAAUAAUAAUUUGAUACAUGCUCUUCUCUUGCUGGAAAUGAAUCGCUGUUAGUAGCUGGUAGCUGACUGGUUCAGCUCAUAGACUGUAAACAGGUUCAGGUAAUGACAGUCAGCAGUGUUCAAGGUGCAUCACUAGUGCACAUAAAAUCUGUGAAACUGAAAAUAUUAUGAGCCAGAUUUUUUAUUGGAUGUAGCACUAUAUGUUUUGCCAAAAAUAUAACGACCUUAAAUAACAAGAUUUUUAUACUUCAGUUUAUGAAUCAAGAAAUAAACUUAUGUAACAAGCAUUUGAACUCCACAGUUACCGCUGCUAGACUUUAACUUCAAGCACAGCCAGGCUAGCAGUUUCUUGUCUUUACUCUAAGCUACGCUAAAUGUCUCGGCCUUCACCCUGAACACACAGGUAUCAGUCAAAGGACAUUAUUCUUUUAACAGGUUCACUCCAGUCGUUAAAAAUGUUUAAAACAUGAAAGUAGGUAAAACAUGUGCUGUCUUCAAAUGUAAUGUGUGUGAUUCCUGUGAACACUUGACUUGGGGUUCAAAUGGUAACACUGGAACGCAAAAUGUCUGAAAACCACUGCUAGUCACCACUUUGUCGAGCCGGCAGCGUAAUAGCGCAAAAUGGAAAACACAAAGAAACUAUGAAUAAAAGUGGCCAAGGAACAAUCGAAAGUUUCUACGGACAAUUUUUAAGAUGAAAUUAACUCAAUAUCAAGUAAAAUGCAACCAAAAAUGUAACUUAACAUGCCACAAUUUGUGAACUUUCAGAAAGAUUUCCAGUAAGGGCAAAUUCUAUGUACAGUGAAGAGGGCACAAGUCAACGGCAGGGAGGUGUUAUUGUUAUUGUGUGUUUGUGUGUAGACAUGAAAAGGCUGGUUGAAGUAUAACUGUGAGAUAAGAGGCUGCCAACUGGAUGUGAGUGUGGCGGAGGUCGGCUCUAUCACGUUUACAACAAGUGAAUGUAAUAAAGUGAAUAUGUACAGGACAGAGACACAACGUGUCAGCACAGUCCUCCACAUUGCAUAUGUACACGAGACGUAUGAGCUGUUUAUAUUCUGUAAAUAAACAAUCAACCACGUGA